UUAUAAUAACAAAGGGAAGGGGAGUGAGUGACGGGCAGAAUCAGAGGUUUUGUUGUAACUGCGUUUUGAAGUAACUGGGAUACAGAUCAAAAAGAGAAAAAUAUUUGAAGAUAAUGGAAAAGUUUGCAGUAACCCUGUUUUUGAUGAUACACCUGUGUUCAAGAUGUGAAGCUUAUAGAAAACAUGAUGUUGUUCCCAACGGAACAAUUUGGUUGGGAGAAAGUAUAAAACUGGUUAUUUUUAUCCCAAAUAUGAAGAGGCCCAUCGUUUGGUGGGUGAACAACGAACGAUACGAGUGUGACAGCACAUGCAUGGACAGUUCUUACUACAAAGUCACACAAUAUAAUGAUACAUCAACUCUGUGGAUUGCGAAUGUCACGUGGGAGAAUUCCAAAUGGUUUGUCGAGGAUGACAAUCUUGAAUUUGGAAAAAUUGAUUUGGACAUAAACGUGAGACCGAAAAUUGAAACCAAAUCCACCAGCACCGAACACAUAGUAAUGGCCAAAUGUUCACAUCCUAGGACAACAAUCAGAUGUUACUAUGGACAGAAACCUUUGCUAUUUACCCGUGAAAGUCUGAGUAAAUGUCCUGAUGGGAGAACAUUUAGCAACAUCGGAAUAUUAAGUUAUCCGGGGCUUUGUGGAAACGUGACCUGCUGGUUUACUAUUGGAAAAAUAUUCGUGGAAGAUCGGUUGUUGAAGUUUGGAAUGAAACCAAAAAUUGAGAUCACAAACAGAAACUGCGAAUACGAGAUGACGGCGAGGGAUUCCAGUCCUCUGACAUCAAUCGAGUGUUUCGAUAGAAAUAAACUUUUGGAAUUUACCAAUGUCCGUAAGAGCAACUCUUCUGACGAAAGAACUUUCAGAAACAUCAUGACAUUACUUUUAUCGAAUUAUUCUGAAAUGUGACAUGCAAUGUUAUCA